UUAUUUAUUAGAGUUUUCUAAACAUAUAUGAACUUGUUUUAGUAAUCGCAGUCAUAAUCAUAGCUGCGUAGGUUUUUUUAAAUCCUAAUUUAGGAAUUAGGCUGUGAUGAGGUCAUACUUGUGUUUUGUUCUACAUUUCUGUAUAUCCUAUUUAUAUAGCACUAGUUGCUAUGUAAUGAUGCUGUUAGUUGUUUUACCAUAAUUGGAUUGUAUUGUUUUUUCUAAGAAUAACAUUCUAGAUAGUGAUUAAAUAAAAAUAGCUUGCUCCAGCAGUCAUAGAUUUUUAUUAUGUUAAAAUACAUAAAGUAUAUCUGUUAAUAAAAUUUAUGAGUAUGGAAGAUAUUCAUCUCAGGACGAAACCUCUGGCGAUGGCGGAUACAUUAGACCCACUCUCACCAAGUUUGAAUGAUUCACCAAAUUCAUCGGGAUUGAUGCAUAAGUUAAGACUGAGAUUGACCAGAACAACACCUCCUCGAUCUCCAUCCGGAGAUGGAUAUGUUGAAUUUGGCGAAUUCCGGUCGGAGCGACCCGGUGUUAAGAAGGUGGGGACUUUCGCCGGUGUCUUCUGCCCCGUGGUGCUAUCAAUGUUCAGUGCUCUUGUUUUUAUACGAAUGGGUUACCUAGUCGGAAAUGCAGGACUUCUAGUGACCUUAGGACAAUUUGGACUCGCAUAUUUAAUAGUAGGGUUCACUGUUAUGUCAAUAUGUGCUAUUUCUACUAAUGGAGCUGUUGAAGGAGGGGGAGUGUACUUCAUGAUUAGUAGGACAUUAGGUCCAGAAUUCGGCGGAGCGAUCGGGACAUUGUUCUUCCUGGCUAAUGUCGUCUCGAGUGCUCUCUGCAUUUCCGCUUGUACUGAAGCUCUUGUAGAGAAUUUUGGACCCAAUGGGUACCUGGUGGGCGCCGGCGGCGGGCUGCCCAACGGCUACUGGUACCGCUUCCUGUACCGCUCGGCGCUCAACGCGGCGGGGCUGGGCGUGUCGCUGGCGGGCGCCUCGCUGUUCGCGCGCACCAGCCUCGCCAUCUGGGUGUCCACCGUCGUCUGCCUCUUCAGCGCGCUGCUCAGCUUCUUCGUCACGGCGCCCGGACAGAUAGAGAAGCCCGACACGAACACGAUCGUGAACGCGACGAACUUCACGUACAGCGGGCUGAGCGCGGCCACGCUGCGCGGCAACCUGUACGAGCGGUACGCGCGCGACUACUCGGCGGCGGGCGAGCCGGCCGACUUCGCGGCCGUGUUCGGCGUGCUGUUCACGGGCGUCACGGGCGUCAUGGCCGGCGCCAACAUGAGCGGCGAGCUGAAGAGUCCAUCUCGAAGUAUUCCUCUCGGGACACUCGCGGCUCUUCUGUUUACAGCGCUGUCGUAUGCAGCACUGACUGUGCUGACAGCGGCCACUUGCUCAAGGGAACUGCUGCAAAACAACUACGUGUACUUGCUACCUAUCAAUGUGUGGCCGCCUUUCAUUGCUGUUGGAAUGUUAACAGCUACAUUUUCCGCUGGUCUGUCGAAUUUGAUUGGUGCGUCGAGAGUUCUAGAAGCCUUAGCCAAAGACAACAUAUUCGGUUUCUUGCUCCGUCCAAUGGUGUCUCGAUCCGGCAACCCAGUAGUUGCUGUGAUCGCCUCAUGGCUGUUGGUACAGAUCGGCAUCAUGGCGGACUCCUUGAAUACGAUUGCUCAGGUGAACUCGGUGCUCUUCAUGACAAGUUACUGCGCGAUCAAUCUCGCCUGUCUCGGCCUGGACCUCGCGUCGGCUCCGAAUUUUAGGCCGUCGUUCCGGCAGUUCUCGUGGGCGUCGUCGCUGGCGGGGCUGCUGGGCUGCGCGGCGCUCAUCUUCUCCCUGCGGCCCGCCUACGCGUGCGCCGUGGCGCUGGCCUGCUGCUCGCUCGUGCUGGCGCUGCACCUGCUGUCGCCCGCCGCCGCCGACCCCAAGUGGGGCAGCCUCAGCCAGGCGCUCAUCUUCCACCAGGUCCGAAAAUACCUAUUGCUGUUGGACCCUCGUCGGGAACACGUGAAGUUCUGGAGACCUCAGAUGCUGUUACUCAUCGGUUCACCGAGGCAAACCGCGCCACUCAUUGACUUCGUUAAUGAUCAGAAAAAGGGAGGUCUCUUUGUGAUCGGUCACGUUAGAGUUGGCCAACUGGAUGGCAGCGGGGACCCUCUGGCCGACGAACAGAAAUACUGGCUGAAACUGAUUGACCAUCUGAAGGUAAAGGCGUUCGUGGAGCUGUGCCUGUCGGAGGACAUCCGCAGCGGGGCGGCGCACCUCACGCGCCUGUCGGGGCUGGGCGCCAUGAAGCCCGACACCGUGCUGCUGGGCUUCCGGGACUCCGCGCACCCCAACGAUUUCUUCCGAGACCCAGCAUCCCCAUACAAAACUCAGGAUUUCGACCUCGACAAUGGACAGGUGAUGUUCCCCACUCGGACUGCGUUUUCACCCAGAAUGUCCGCUUCAGAGUACGUCAGGAUAGUCUCAGACGUGCUGUGUGUGAAGAAGAACGUGUGUCUGUGUAGACAUUUCCACAAUUUGAACAUGGCCGCGGUUGAAAGACGGUCCGGCUCGCUGAAGUACAUCGACGUGUGGCUGGUGGAGGCGCUGCGGCCGUCGCGCGAGGAGCCGUUCACGGUGCGCGCGCUGUUCGCGCUGCAGCUCGCGGCCGUCGUGCGCUCGGCGCGCGGCUGGCAGCACCUCGCGCUGCGGGUGCACGUCGUCACGGCGCACGAAAACAAUCCCUCGUUUGGGUCCGAAUCGAUGACGGAGCCCGGCCUGCCGGAGAUGUCCCCCGGGCGGCCGGUGCAGGAGCGCCUCGACGAGCUACUCAAGCUGCUGAGGAUCAGCGCUUACACGCACACUGUAACCGAUUGGCCGAAAUUAGAUGACGACGUCCACCGUUAUUUGGACCCGAACUCGAAUGAAAACAGCGUGUAUCAACGCGUACCGAUGAGCUAUUUGCAAAGAGUGAAUAGAAUAAUCAAGAGUCGCUGCGAGGAAGGCACGGCGGUGACGUUCGUGCAGCUGCCACAGCCUCCCAAACUCUCUCCCACUCCGACCGAAGCUGAUGAGGUUAUCUGCGAACAGUAUAUGAAGGUACUGGAUGAAUUUACAAAGGAUCUGUCGCCGACUAUACUCGUCCGUGGAUUGAAAUCAGUCACGUCGACGUCUCUAUAAGCAUCCAAGAUACCGUCCUUACCGAUC